CCCCGGAAGUGGCGGGCUAGGGGUCCUUCACAGUACGACGUAUGUUUUAGGAACCGGAAGUUUAACUGCUACCUAAAUUAAGCUAACAUCUUUAAGCUUAUACCGUUUACUUAAAUAGAAAACAUGCUGUCCGUAUUUAAGUCCAUUCCCACGCAUAUGGAUUAUAAAGGCCAGAAGCUUGCAGAACAAAUCUUCCAAGGAAUUAUUCUCAUCUCAGCGGUGAUUGGAUUUGUGUACGGUCUGAUCAUUGAGCAGUUUGGGUGGACAGUGUACAUCGUGUUAGGUGGAUUUGCUGUGUCCUGCUUGUUGACUCUGCCUCCAUGGCCCAUGUACAGGAAGAAUCCGCUCCCUUGGCAGCCAGUCUUACCUGAAACGAGUACCGAGCCCACCCAAAAGCCUCAAGAAAACAUCCAGAAGAAGAAAAAGCACAAGUAGACCAACAGCUUACACGUUUGGCUGUGGAUGGAUCAGUUUGCCGUGUGCUGUUACAUGGAAAUAUUUUUCAUAUUAAAAAAAAUUGGGAAGAGAAAGCUUUCAUUUGUUCAUUUAAGUCUAAACAAUUUUCUUUAAAUAAAACAUCAAAUGCAUUUA